GUUAGGUCCCCUGGGGGCUUGGGAGUGUCAUUGGUGGAUGACCGCAGCCCUUGCUGCUGCUGCCACCGCGACCAUGGUCUCCGGCAGCAGCGGCCUUGCCGCCGCCCGGCUACUGUCGCGCACCUUCUUCCUGCAACAGAAUGGAAUUCGGCAUUGUUCCUAUCUAGCUUCUCGGAAACAUCUCUAUGUUGAUAAAAAUACAAAGGUUAUUUGCCAGGGUUUUACUGGUAAGCAGGGUACCUUUCAUAGCCAGCAGGCAUUGGAAUAUGGCACCAAACUUGUCGGAGGCACCACUCCAGGGAAAGGAGGCAAGACACAUCUGGGCUUACCAGUCUUUAAUACUGUGAAGGAGGCCAAAGAGCAGACAGGAGCAACAGCAUCUGUCAUUUACGUCCCCCCUCCUUUUGCUGCUGCUGCCAUUAAUGAAGCUGUUGAUGCAGAAAUGCCCUUGGUUGUGUGCAUUACUGAAGGUAUCCCACAGCAGGACAUGGUACGGGUCAAGCACAAACUGCUGCGCCAGGGAAAGACAAGGCUAAUCGGGCCGAACUGUCCUGGAGUCAUCAAUCCUGGAGAAUGUAAAAUUGGUAUCAUGCCUGGCCAUAUUCACAAGAAAGGAAGAAUUGGUAUUGUGUCCAGAUCUGGCACCUUGACUUAUGAAGCAGUUCACCAAACAACACAAGUUGGAUUGGGGCAGUCUUUGUGUGUUGGUAUUGGAGGUGAUCCCUUUAAUGGGACAGAUUUUAUUGACUGCCUUGAAGUCUUUCUGAACGAUUCAUCCACAGAAGGUAUCAUACUGAUUGGUGAAAUUGGAGGUAAUGCAGAAGAAAAUGCUGCUGAAUUUUUGAAGCAACAUAAUUCAGGUCCAAACGCCAAGCCUGUAGUGUCCUUCAUUGCUGGUUUAACCGCUCCUCCUGGCAGGAGAAUGGGUCAUGCAGGGGCAAUUAUUGCUGGAGGAAAAGGUGGAGCUAAAGAGAAGAUCUCCGCCCUUCAGAGUGCAGGAGUUGUGGUCAGCAUGUCUCCUGCGCAGCUGGGAACCACCAUCUACAAGGAAUUUGAAAAGAGGAAGAUGCUAUGAAAGAAAAAAACAAAAAGCUUACUAAAACUGUGGAAUGAAUCAUGAUCGACAUGAGAACCAGCAGCAGUUUCCGUCUGUUGUCACUGGUGGUGAGCCUCUGGGCCUGAUGCUGGUCUGAUGUACAGCAGGAAGCCAAAGCAAGGUUUAGAAUGUCCUAAAUUGAGACAUUUUCACCUCAUAUACCGGAGACAGCGAAUAAAUCUACCAUUUGAUUUGAA